CAAAGCUUGACGACAGCAACAUGAUCUGGAGCUCGGCGAGUCUGGCUCCUAUAGAUGCGCUGUGGUUUUUCUUGGCUUCGUGCUUCCUCGUAGCUUUUUCUGCCCACAAAAUAUCAACUCGAGUACCAAAAACACGUGAGACUUCAGGAGUUUACGGGUUAUAUCAGGACAUUAUUCGCUACGGAAAAACUAAACAAGACCUCAAACGAGCCGACUGGCUGCGAGUUUUUGACGUCCCGAAGAGGUGGUUCUGGCACUUCUACGCCGUCUCUGUUGGUUGGAAUGGUUUUCUUCUGGCCUUGUACGUGACCUCCAUCUAUCCCGGACAGUCCGCCCCCUCCUGGCUGACGUGGACUGUAGAUGUUGUGACAGGUGUACCCGGCACUGACGGUGGAGCCCCGCAGCUGUCUGCCGUCCUGUUGCAGCUGCUGCUCUGCCUGCACUCCCUCAGGAGGCUGCUGGAGUGCCUGUUUGUCAGCGUUUUCUCUGAUGGGGUCAUCCAUGUGGUGCAGUAUGCCUUCGGGCUUGGGUAUUAUGUUCUGCUGGGGCUUACAGUGCUCUCCUCGGAUCGUAUGGGAAGAGGGACUGACACACUCCUGUCUCAACUGGACUGCACUCGUGUAGCUGGAGUUGGACUUUUCAUUGGAGCUUCAUGGCUGCAACAUCAGUCCAUAGUCUUGUUGGCCAGGCUUCGCACUGGAAAAUCAGGUAGCGUGGAGACCCUCGCUCACAGAGUUCCAAAGGGGGGCUGGUUUGAGCUGGUUUCAUGCCCACAUUACUUUGCUGAGCUUCUGAUCUACAUUUCAUUCAGCUUAGUUUUCGGUGGCCACUCUCUGACAUGGUGGCUUGUUGUUCUUUACGUGCUCUUCAACCAGGCACUGGCGGGACAGCUUUGCCAUGAUCUUUAUAUUAGCAAAUUCAAGUUGUACCCAAAGCACAGAAGAGCAUUUAUACCUUAUGUACUUUGAGUGCUCUGACCUUGAGCCUUUAAAAAAAAAAAAAAAAGGUCUGACAAACUGAAAGGCUAUUUGUUGAAGUAUGUUCCAAUAGUUUUUUUUUUGUCUUUUUUAAAAUGUUGUGAGAUAAGCUUUCGACCAAAUAAAGCCGCUAAGAGGACAACACUGAAUAUUUGGUCCUGAGCUUGUGUUUUCCAGAUGUGAGCUGUUUCUCAGAAACGUAUCUGCGAGGAAUGUUUAUCAAAGCAAAAACAUGUUUGUCAUAUUGAAUUGUGUUCAACAUAUCUUUCUUGUUAUGUGCUAAUAAUCUGUCAUGAGUUUAUAUCUUCUGGGCUGUGACUGAAUAUUUUUUUGUAACAGAAACAUCCUCCAUAACAUCAGACAUGUGUGUGUUGAGUUUUGUUUCAAGAUUAACUGUUUCAGUUCAGUAGAAACUGUUUCAGUUUGAUUUAUUUAAAAAAAAUAAAAUACAUAUACCACAUCCAGAACGCUGCAGCUCGAGUUUUAACCAGAACUAAGAGCUCAGAGCACAUUACUCCAGUUCUAAAGUCUUUACACUGGCUCCCAGAAUAGAUUUAGAAAGUUCUGCUACUGGUCUACAAAUCACUAAAUGGUUUAAGUCCAGAAUAUAUGAAUGACAUGUUAGUAGAAUAUCAACCCAGUAGGGCUCUGAGAUCUACUGACUCAGGUCAGAUAGUGGAGCCCAGAGUUCAAACCAGACAUGGUGAAACAGCUUUUAGCUGUGAUGCUGCAAGCAACGGGGAUAAGCUACCAGCUGAACUGAAAUCAGCCCCAACUGUGAACAUUUUUAAAUCCAGGUUAAAAACACUUCUCUUCUCCUGCACUUAUGGUAAUUCAUGUUCAAUUUUCAUAUUUUGCACUGUCCUUUUAAAGAUUUUAAAGGAGACCUAUUAUGGCAUUUAAUGUAUAUUUUAAACAGGCCUUGAAUGUCUUAAAAACAAUCUAAAGCUUGUUUUUUCUACAUAAAUCAGAAAUCCAGCCUGUGGGCCCUGUCACUAGUUUUACCGCUUCUAACCUCUUUUUCUGCGCCUCAUUUUUAGGGAAGGGGGGGUAUGAUAAUGAGGCUCUGCGCUGAUUGGCUCCCUGAAUGACGUGUAGCAGGGGAGGAGAAUAAACCUCGCUCCGCCAGAGCAGCCCAAAUCACAACACUGAAUUUUCACAAAUGGCAACUUUAUUGUUAAAAAAAUAAAAUAUGAGUUGUAUAUAAAUAACAUUUAUGCACUAUUUAAGCCGGAUCUGCCCGGCAGAUGCUGAACGCUGGCCCCGGAGCCGCUCCGGAGCGCAUCGCCCGUUACCGGGGAUCAAACCGACAGAUUUUGCUGAAAAUCUCGGAGGGUGAAGCUGAUCCAGCCUGGGACGUACCCCAGAAAUCCCCGCUCCCAAAGCGGCUGGGAACCUGGACAAUUUAGUCGGACGGACCGCGCUUUGGGAACCAGGAAGUAGGCUGGAGCAGCGCGCAUCACCGCGGCUUUAACCGGGGAAUCUGACCGGUUCCGACCGGCCGGGACCGCAGGAACCCGCCUGGACUGGUAGCAGGGACUCCCGGGGACCGACCAGCAGAAUUUCAGCCGGAUCUGCCCGGCGGAUGUUGUGCGCUGGCGCUGCAACCCCACAGCGGGCGCACAGAUCAGCUCCGGAGCGCAUCCGCGGCGCAUCGCCCGUUACCGGGGAUCAAACCGACAGAUUUGGCUGAAAAUCUCGGAGGGUGAAGCUGGUCCAGCCUGGGACAGACCUCCGAGGACCCAGCUCCCAAACCACCCGGGAACCUGGAUGAUUUAACCCGGAUCCGCUCCGCCGCGGCGCCGCGUCCGACUGGCUGAAGGAAGGACCGCUCCAGCCUUCGGAGAGAGCUGGUUGUGGCCGUGGUUUCAGCAGCGGAGGCUGAACCUAUGGAGUAACGACGGGAGCAGAUUCUAAUCGGCUCAAAAAAAAAACAGUGACACUGGGGGACUCUGUCCGGCGGGGGUCAGAGAGCUUGCAGAAAUUCAUGGUAUUUUGUCUCCCCUGUACUGGCAGGGUGAGGGGAGACCACUUUAUAUAUGUUAAAACAAGAAAAAACGUGUUUUUCAUAAUAGGUCCCCUUUAAAGCAAAUUGGUAUUUUAUUUUCUUCUAAUGCCUUUUUUUCUUUCUUUUUCUUUGAAAUGUAUUUUCUACUUAUGAUUUUAAUGUAAUUUGAUGCUUCUGUAAAGCACUUUGAGUUGCCUGGUGUAUGAAUUGUGCUAUACAAAUCAAUUUGCCUUGCCUUGUCUUCAUUGCACUGGGGUAAUGGCUGUGUGAGAAACCCGUGCCCCCGACUGUUACACACAUGACCCAUGACGUGACACACACACGUAAUCUGAAGUAUUGUGUCAUGUUUAGUUAGUGUUGUUUUUUGUAGUUUAGCCAUCAGAAUUUAUCCGAAGUGUUGUCUUACCAUCUUCUUGACACUUGUGUAAUAAAUUAAUUUGA